AUGGAACCCGAGGGCUCCGAGCACGAAGAGAGAGGGGUGCCAAGCAGCACCCUAGCUCGACGCGCGGUAUGUACAGUUCUCCACCCCUUGAGGGAUUUACUACAACCUCUGCCACAAGGCAAGCAGACUAUCACAAUAUCUUGUACUGAAAAUUACUCUAGUGUGAUCAAUGCCGCACUCGAAAAAUCCGCUGCGAUAAGCGCUCGCCUUGUUCAAAUUGUCGCAGCUCGAGCAUUGUAUGCCGAUCCACGGGGGAGGGUCACAAGCGGUCAGAGCCAAGAAGGCGUGUCCUCAUUUCCAGUCAGUAAAACUCCCAGUGAGAAAAAGAUAGAUUUGAUCGAAGGGCGACUGGGAGGCAUUGAGAAAGCGUUGCAAGAGCUACUCACUGCAUCGCGAUCCCAAAGCUCUGUAUCAAUAAAAUCGUUUGGCUCAUCUCAUCAGUCACCCUUGUCAGUUGCUCGCGUCAGUUCUCCUGCGAUAAAACCUGACCAUGCAGGAUUGAAAGGUCCUGGAUAUACUUCCAACUCUGCCAUUGAGCAGCAUGACCCGAGUUCUGGGUUUGAGGGAAACUCUUCACUCAGUGCUCACUCAUUAUAUGCCAGGGACUUCUUGGAGUCAGCAGUUUCGCAUAGUACACCCGAGGUUUUGUCGAGUCCGAAGAUCAAUGAGGCGCUUUCCUCAUUGCGGCAAAUCGUGAAGAUGCAAAAUAGGCGCCGAGGGGCUGAUUCAAGUUCUCAAAGGGCUCAAUUUUCUAACCAAGGCAGCAAACUAGGUGAUCGUUGUGAUAUUCGACAACUAGAACUGCCGCCGUUGCCAUUUGUUCUGACAGUAUUGCGAAAAGUGAAAGCAAAUCCACCCUCUUCAUUUGGCGGCUAUCUUCCAUUCUUUAACGUGGAUGUCUUUAUUGAGAAAUGCCGCGAAGUCUACUUCUGCACCGAUGAUUAUUCUGAUGCAACAUUCAUUGUCACAAACUUUGGGCUGUAUAAUAUUUUCAUCGAACUUGCAUAUGUAGAAAAGGUGCGAACUGCCCGGGAUGAGUUUCAACAUUAUCUGCAGAUCUGCAAAUACAACUUGGAAGCGGCGUUGGCGAACUUGAACAUUUUAAUGCCGGCAACUUUUGAUUCCAUCUUGGCUCUCUCUCUGGGGGCAAUACAUGGCAUUGAAAUCUCUAAGCCAUUACUGGGAUGGACCUUAGCUUCAACAGCAAUUCAUAUGUGUCAAACCCUGGGCUAUCAUCGUAUGUCCUCCAUGGAACAUGACCCUCCAUCGGUUCAGAAACAGAAGCAAAGCAUAUUUUGGUCCGUGUACACUAUUAUGAACAUGAUGUCCUUGCGACUUGGCCGUGCGCCUGUUGUUCAAGAGUACGAUAUUGGGCUGCCUUCCCCCUUUGAAACCUUUGCCGAUGGAGGAAUAUGGGGCAAUGUAUGUGCAAUAUGGACAAUACAGGCCAUCAUACAAGGCAAAGUAUAUACCCUUCUAUAUAGUCCCGUUGCCUUGAAUCAACCAGAAAGCCAACGAGUCUCUCACGCCCGUCGACUUGCUGCCGAGAUGAAGUCGGAGAUUAUUGAACCUUUUGAAGAUAUCAUGUCCUCUCCGGGGGCCGAAUCAGCCCUAUCUGAUGUAGACAUGCUCUAUUUUCGAACCGAGAAGGUUAGCCGAUUAGCAAUAUUGACAUUGAUAUAUCGAGCGAUCCCUGCAUCAGCCGAAUCCGGGUCAUCAAGUACUUUCAUACCAGAAUGUAUUGAAACAGCUCGAGCCGCAUUAGAACACCACCAAGAGUGUGUUGGGUCUUUGAAAGAAGCAAGCGAAAUUAUGCGAUGUUCAUACAUGCAUUGGUCAAUUCUUCUCUCACCUUUCGUUCCCUUCAUCGUCAUCUUCUGCCAUGUAAUCGCAACCUCCAAUACCGAAGAUCUCACUCGACUAGAAGAUUUCAUCGCUUCUCUUCGACCAUUGUGCUCCUUUUCCCAAUCCGUUGACCGUCUCCAUACAAUCUGUUCUGUCCUCGGUACCGUUGCCAGACUAUAUGUUGAAGCCAAAACUACAGGGAAAGUGGGAGAAGAUGAAAGCCUCUUCUCUGUUGGUCAGGAGUUUGAUGCUUAUCUCAGUGCCCUGGGACUUGCGCCUGGAAAUUUAAUGAUGGGUAAUCAGGGAUAUUCUCAGUCUGAUAUGUUGACUAUGCAAGGUGGAUCCUUGGAGCCUACCUCACAAAUACCUGGGCUGGCUUCACCUGUUUCUCAAUCACAAAGCCAAAACCACGAGCCUUUAUCUGUGACUGAGAUGUCACAGUCGGCCCAACUAGGAAAUUGGUUCUCUGGAAACCAGUAUAUGAUGGGCCUUCUUGAGGAAGAUGCGCUUCAAUUUGGUCCUACUGGGUGA